UAGGCUCAUUACAUUCUUGCUAGCUCAAGAGUCGUUUGGACCAGCCUGUGGACACAAACAUGCCAACCAUGCCAGCCGUCGUGGCUGCCGCCGGCGCCGCCACCCCGUGCGCCAACGUCGUCGAGGACCUCGCCGGCUUCCUCCGCGUCCUCAGCGACGGCACCAUCCUCCGGUCGCCGGCGGGACCGGUGUUCUGCCCGUCCACCUUCCCCGGCGAGCACCCGUCCGUGGAAUGGAGGGAGGCCGUCUACGACAAGGCCAAGAACCUCCAUGUCCGCAUGUACAAGCCGUCGCCGGCAUCCGCCGCCGGCGACGGUGGCGAGAAUGGCGGCAGGAAGCUACCGGUGCUCGUCUACUUCCACGGCGGCGGCUUCUGCCUCGGCUCGUGCACGUGGGCCAACGUCCACUCGUUCUGCCUCCGCCUCGCCGCCGACGCCGGUGCUGUCGUACUCUCCGCCGGGUACCGCCUCGCCCCCGAGCACCGCCUCCCCGCGGCGGUCGACGAUGCGGCGGGUUUCCUCCACUGGCUCCGGGAACAGUCCGUGGACGCCGCUGGAGGCGGCGACGGCGGAUGGCUCAUCGAGGCCGCCGACUUCGGCCGCGUGUUCGUCACCGGCGACUCGGCCGGCGGCACCAUAGCGCACCACCUCGCCGUGCGCGCCGGCACGGCCGCGUCCAAUCUCGCCGGCGCCGGCGAGCCCGGAGACCCCGUCACCAUCCAAGGCUACGUCCUGCUAAUGCCGUUCUUCGGCGGCGUCCGCCGAACGCCGUCGGAGGCGGAGUGCCCCGCCGACGUGUUCCUCAACCUGGACCUGUUUGACCGGUUCUGGCGUCUCUCGCUGCCGGCGGGCGCCACGAGGGACCACCCGAUGGCGAACCCGUUCGGCCCGGACAGCCCCGCGCUGGACGGCGUCGACUUCCGCCCCGUCCUCGUCGUCGCCGGCGGCCUCGACAUGCUGCGCGACCGCGCCGUGGACUACGCCGAGCGGCUGUCCGCCAUGGGCAAGCCGGUGCAGCUCGCCGAGUUCGCCGGCGAGCACCACGGGUUCUUCACGCUGGGCCCGGGCUCCGACGCCACCGGCGAGCUGAUCGCCGUCCUGACACGCUUCAUAUCCACCACCACGACACAGUAGGUAAUCAUCUCAUGGAGAGUUCGUGCCAUCUCCAUCGCCACCAUCUUCUUUCGUUCUACUACUAGCUUUUGGUGGAGUGCGACGUGAGGGAGGGGGUGUUCGUCACGUGUCAGUGGAUGUUGAUGUGAUGCGUGUUGUCAUCGGACAUGGGUGGAGUAAAAUGAGCCGGACGAACAGUAGUCUGAUCCUUGGAGGAUCUGCAGUUCUUUCUGCAUGCACGCACUGAUGCUGCUGCAGAGUGUUGCUUUCGGUGGUAUACAUGAUGUUGCCAAAAAGAAUUUGGUUAAUGUGUAUGCUUGUGUGUAUGGUAAGGCUAUGCAGGAUAUAUGCAGCUAUGUGGUUAAUUUGUUGUUU